AUGAUCGGUAGCACUGCAGAAGGGGCUUGGUCGCCAAGGUCUGGAGGUGAAUAUAUUGCUCUCAGUGACAAAAUGAUCGGUCAACACUUUAGAAAAGAUCGGUCACCUAUCGCUGAAGAUGAAGAAAAUACUCUCUGUGAUGAAACAACCAGUCGACAUUUAGGAACUGACCGGUCGCCCAUUGCUGAAGAAUGUGAUAGUGAUUCUUAUGACUCUUGGGUAGAUGAGUUAGAUGCAAGACCCCCCCUCAGCCCUACCAUUGCUCUAGUCAAGUCAUGA